ACUGUUCACAAUUUGGCUAGAUAUCAGUAGUCACUCUUGCAUAAAUUUCAGCUCCGACUUCACAGGGGAACAAUCAAUUCAUCCUCUCCUCCUUCAUUCCUUCUUCGGAAAUAGCGCAGAGAGAGAGAGAGAGAGAGAUGAAGAACUGGUGUCUUGCUCUGUUUCUUCUGCUCUGUAUCCAACAACGGAAUUUUCUUAUCCAAGUUGAAGCGCAAGAUGGUUUUGUCAGAACAAGAGGAAUGCGUUUUAUGCUGAAUGGAAGCCCUUACUAUGCCAAUGGGUUCAAUGCCUACUGGUUGAUGUAUGUUGCCUCAGACCCAUCUCAGAGAAGCAAAGUCUCUUCGGCCUUCCAGCAAGCUUCAAGCCAUGGUCUUACGGUUGCAAGAACUUGGGCUUUCAGUGAUGGUGGCUACAAACCUCUGCAGUACGCUCCUGGUUCCUACAAUGAAGAGAUGUUCAAAGGAUUAGAUUUUGUAAUCUCUGAGGCGAGGAGGUACGGAAUUAAGCUUAUAUUGAGCUUGGCAAACAACUAUGAGAGCUUUGGAGGGAAGAAACAGUAUGUGAACUGGGCUAGAAAUCAAGGGCAAUAUCUAACUAGCGAUGACGAUUUCUUUAGAAACCCUGUUGUUAAGGGAUACUACAAAAAUCACAUCAAGACUGUUCUCACAAGAUACAACACCAUUACUGGAAUUACCUACAAAGAUGAUCCCACAAUCAUGGCAUGGGAGCUUAUGAAUGAACCCAGAUGCACAUCAGAUCUAUCAGGAAGAACCAUUCAGGCUUGGAUUACGGAGAUGUCUUCUCAUGUCAAAUCCAUCGACAGAAAUCACUUACUAGAAGUUGGUUUGGAAGGAUUUUAUGGGGAAUCAUCACCUCAGAAAAAGCAAUACAAUCCAGGUUUCCAACUUGGAACAGACUUUAUUGCAAAUAAUCAGAUUCCUGGCAUCGAUUUUGCUACGGUUCACUCAUAUCCUGAUCAAUGGUUAUCCAGCUCAAAUGAUCAAGCACAACUUUCUUUCUUGAGCAACUGGCUUGACACUCACAUUCAAGAUGCACAAAACAUCCUUCGGAAGCCAUUACUCCUCACUGAGUUUGGAAAAUCUUGGAAAGACCCUGGUUACAACACCUAUGAGCGGGACAUACUGUUUAAUACAGUCUACGACAAGAUAUAUUCAUCAGCUAGAAGGGGAGGAGCAGCUGCCGGUGGACUGUUCUGGCAACUUUUAGCCCUAGGAAUGGACUCUCUCCGAGAUGGGUAUGAAAUAGUUCUAGGCGAGAGCUCCUCAACAACAAAUGUGAUUGCCCAACAAUCUCACAAGCUUUAUCAAAUUCGGAAAAUGUAUGUCCGACUCAGAAAUAUUGAGAAGUUGAAGAGGGCAAGGGAAAUUAGAAGGGCUCAGUGGCUGACCAGAAACAAGGGGCGAAAUGUAGGAAACUAAAAAAAAAAAGAGUCUUCAUAUGAAAAAUUGGAGGUGUUAAGUUGAAAUGUGCAUAGUAUAUGUAAUUUCAUGUUUGUUGCUGGAGUUGCUGAGGUUUUGCUAAGUCCAAGCUCUUUCCUAGAGAUGAAUAUUGUUCAUCCAGGAGGGUAGAAGAAUAUCAUGGAGUUCGUUGUUUUUCUCUUAAUGUUGUUUUAUUGUGAACGGAGACUUUUGAUUAGUUGAUCCUAGUGAGCAGAAGGAAGACAUAGAGGAAGCCUCUGUGUGUUUAUUGCAAUGAUGGUGUUUAACUUUUAAUAAAAUAGAUGAGUUUGGGUUUGUAUUC